GGGCGCACGCCAUUCCCAGCCGCGCGGCCCCCGGAACAGUCGCGCCCGCACUCGCAGCGGAUACGCUACGUUUAUACAACGUAACCAAAUGACAUGAAUUAUGACUUUCUGCCUCGACGUGGAAAUGUUCAUAAGUGAAGUGGAAAAGUACCCGGUGAUAUGGGACGCAAACUGCGAGGACAAUAAGCACAAAACUAGGAAGCAGCGGGCCUGGAAUCAUAUCGCGCGGAUGCUUAUCACAGACUUCGAUGAACUGCCGGAUAACGAGAAGGCAGAAGCCGACAAAAAGCUGCAAUGUAAAUGGCGGAACAUAAAGGAUUCAUACGUGCGUGAUCUCAGAAAAAAAGAUGGCAAAAGGUACAUGUAUUCUAAAUUCCUGACAUUCCUCGACAACCGGUAUAAGAAAUCUCAAUCGGGCAGCGAAACAGACUCUAAAGAAUGGAACGAUGAAACUAAACACAAAAGAUUAACCGGAAAACGGAAACGUUUUGAAACACUAAGCGAAUCGAACUGGGCGACUGAUUCCGAUGAAGUACCGUCAACCAUAGACAAUCUUAAAAGACGACGUGUCCCAGAGAACAAAGAUGAUGAAAGGAAUAAAACAGAUUUUGUCGAUGCGUCUUUCCCAGAUCCCAGCUGCAGCUAUACUGUGGAAGACGAAGAUAGGUCAUUCUUCGAUUCCCUUCUGCCAGCGGUUAGAGAGUUUAAUGUCGACCAGAAAUUAGAAUUCCGCAGUGAAGUUUUAAGACUUAUUAAAGAGUUUAGAAGUGAUAGGUUAAAGUCUACAAAGUAGCAAAUAUUUAAGUGUAUUGUAAUUAUAAGAUCAUUCCAGUCAGUAAAUAUUUUUAAAACUAA